GUAAUGAAUUUAAGACUAAUGGUUGUGAAUUUGCUGUCGACACAGUUGAGUUUAACAUUAAUUUUUGCACCACAGAAUUAGGAAAAGACCAUUCGAUCUCAGAACAUAUAAUUUGUAUAAGACUUGUUCCAAUGAAUAAUUCUUCUGCCACUGAGAAUACUGCUGAAGACUUUGUUGAUUCUGCUACUGCAGAACGUCUACCAUUUGAUGUUGCAUAUGUACAAGGAAUCAUGAGUUUAUUCAUCGUUGCGGUGAAAGAAUUAUAG